GUCACAACGCUGCCCGCCCCUAUCGUGCAUCCCUUGCCGAUCGUCACGCCCGGCAUGAUGGUCGUGUUUCCUCCGAUCCAGCAGUCGUCACCAAUGAUGACGCUGCCGCCGUAUUCGAUGCCGGCGCGGCGCGAUGCUACUCCCGUCUCGUGUGUGGCGCCGAAGAUGGACACA